ACCAAAGUCAAGACAAGACCCACCAUAGCGUGCAUAGCGUGGACGUCUGUACUAUAAGAACUCAACUACAACGCUUGACGACUCUUCUCUUCUCUAUUUUCCCACCCAAUCCGAUGGAUUCUGCAUUCUCCGUCACCACGACGGCACACAUGGCGCUUUUCAGAGUGCACCACCGUCAUUUUGCCGGCGCUCCUCAACGCGCCUUCGUCCGCCGCAACCUCAGAUGCCUCGUUGCUUCCUACAACAACUGCUGCCGCAUUCCAUGUUCUUUUACUUCCGCACCGUCGCCGUCCUCGCUCCGCUGCUUCGGCGGAUUGCUCCNGCGAAAGCCGUGCCGACUCCGCUGCAUUUCGAGCUCCGCCGCUUCCUGUGCUUCUUCCACCGGCGGUGGAAAUGGAGGCGGUGGAAUCGGUGACAACGGCGGUUCUGGCGGUUCUGGCGGUGAGUCUGGUGAUGCUAAUCUCCAAUUGGUUGGUGACGCGUCACAGGAGCUUUCGGCACUUUCGCCUGACGUUAUCAUUCUCGAUGUUUCAGGAAUGGUGUGCGGGGGAUGUGCGGCGACUGUGAAAAGGAUACUGGAAAAUCGAGUGUCAUCAGCUAGUGUAAAUUUAACAACAGAAACAGCAAUCGUUUGGCCUAUAUCUGAAGCAAAGAAUGGACCAAAUUGGCAAAAGCAAUUAGGGGAGGCACUUGCAGAGCAUUUAACCAGUUGUGGUUACAAUUCUAGCCUCCGAGGUAUUAUUCAUUCCUACCAGUUGAGCCAGCCAUUAUUGAGUCAAUUCAGUGUCUUUUUAUGUUUUUUUACCUUGGUAUUUGCUUAUUUUUCAUAAAAUCACUUGCGUGGUUGGUUAUACUACUUUUACAUCAUUUAAUUAUAUUAUUUUUCACAGAUGCCCAUCCUAUCUUAUUUAUGUCAUUUGGCGUGUCUGUUAACUUACUCAAAGUCAUGUCUGUUACUUCUUGGAAUUGUUAAAGUUGAUUGCUUGAUUCUUGGAAUAUUUGUCAUAAUGGAAGCGUACUAGCAUAAUUUCUUUGAAAUAUUUGGCUUGAUUGGUAUUAAACUGUUAAACUGUUUCAGCUUUCUAGAUAUUUUCUAUUGGCAAUAGAAAUUGUUUUUUAAAGUUACCAAAAUAUGAUUAUACUAU